AUGGGAGAUUGUAUUCCAAUGGAAUUGAAUCUGCGGAAAGGCGACAAGGUUUGGGUGGAGGAUAAGGAUUCGGCUUGGAUUGCCGGUGAUGUGCUCGAUUCUCUGGAGAAGAAGGUCCAAGUCGAAACUGCUACAGGGAAGAAGGUUAUCGUCUCCCCGGAGAAGCUCUUUCGGAGGGAUCCCGACGAUGAAGAACAUAAUGGAGUCGAUGAUAUGACGAAGCUGACAUACUUGCACGAGGCUGGUGUGCUUUACAAUUUACAGAGGAGAUACGCUCUGAAUGAUAUAUACACAUACACAGGAAGCAUUCUGAUCGCUGUUAAUCCGUUUAAAAGGCUUCCACAUCUCUACAAUGGGUACAUGAUGGAGCAAUACAAGGGAGCACCAUUUGGUGAGCUCAGUCCUCAUGUUUUUGCAGUUUCUGAAGUUGCAUACAGAGCGAUGAUUGACGAUAGUCGAAGUCAGUCUAUACUCGUUAGCGGUGAAAGUGGAGCUGGAAAAACUGAGACUACAAAACUAAUCAUGCAGUAUCUUACAUUUGUUGGGGGACGUGCAGCUGAAGAUGGUAUAAGUGUUGAGCAGAAAGUCCUUGAAUCAAAUCCUCUCUUGGAAGCAUUUGGCAAUGCGAAAACAGUUAGAAAUGAUAAUUCCAGCCGUUUUGGCAAGUUUGUCGAAAUUCAGUUUGACGUAAAUGGUAGAAUAUCUGGUGCUGCAAUCAGAACCUACCUUCUGGAGAGAUCACGCGUAGUCCGGAUAACAGACCCUGAGAGGAACUACCAUUGUUUUUAUCAGCUGUGCGCUUCCGGGAAUGACGCUGAAAAAUAUAAACUAAGCAAUCCACGUCAAUUUCAUUAUUUAAAUCAAAGCAAGACUUAUGAACUGGAGGGGGUGAGCAACGCAGAAGAGUAUAAGAAUACAAGGAGGGCCAUGGAUAUUGUGGGCAUAAGUCACGACGAGCAGGAAGGGAUAUUCCGCACGCUUGCUGGAAUUCUGCAUCUUGGAAAUGUUGAAUUUUCCCCAGGAAAAGAGCACGACUCUUCAGUAGUAAAGGAUCGGGAAUCUAGAUUUCAUCUGCAGAUGGCUGCUGACCUUUUCAAGUGUGAUGCAAAUCUUUUACUGGCUUCUCUCUGCACGCGUUCAAUUCUGACCCGUGAAGGUACCAUUGUCAAAGCACUCGACAGUAAUGCUGCUGCUACUAGCCGGGAUGCCCUCGCAAAGACAGUUUACGCCCGUCUGUUUGACUGGUUGGUUGAUAAGAUUAAUAGGUCUGUUGGGCAAGAUCCAGACUCCCGUUUCCAAAUAGGCGUCCUGGACAUCUAUGGCUUUGAAUGCUUUAAGAAUAACAGUUUUGAACAAUUUUGCAUCAAUUUUGCAAAUGAAAAGCUUCAGCAACAUUUCAAUGAGCAUGUAUUCAAGAUGGAGCAGGAUGAGUACAGAAAAGAAGAAAUUAAUUGGAGUUAUAUCGAGUUUAUUGACAACCAGGAUGUCUUGGACCUUAUUGAGAAGAAACCUAUUGGGGUAAUUGCACUGUUGGACGAAGCUUGCAUGUUUCCUAGAUCAACUCAUGAGUCAUUUUCAAUGAAGCUGUUCCAGAACUUGAAAUUUCAUCCGAGAUUGGAAAAGGCAAAGUUUUCAGAGACGGAUUUUACUCUCGCUCAUUAUGCUGGCAAGGUUACUUAUAAGACUGAAACCUUUUUGGAUAAAAAUCGUGAUUAUGCUAUAGUGGAGCAUUGCAAUCUGCUGUCUUCCUCCAAAUCCCCUUUUGUUGCUGGGCUUUUCCUCUCAGCUCCGGAGGAGUCUGCCAGGUCUUCUUACAAAUUUUCUUCUGUGUCUUCCAGAUUUAAGCAACAACUUCAAGCCCUCAUGGAAACUCUCAGCAAAACGGAGCCUCACUAUGUUCGCUGUGUGAAGCCAAACUCACUCAACAGACCUCAGAAGUUUGAGAAUCUUAGUGUUUUACAUCAACUACGCUGUGGGGGUGUGCUGGAAGCUGUUCGGAUUAGUCUUGCAGGGUAUCCUACACGAAGAUAUUAUUCAGACUUUGUGGAUCGGUUUGGCCUGCUAGCUCCAAAAUUCAUGGACGAAAGCAAUGAUGAACAGGUACUGACUGAGAAAAUCUUGACGAAAUUAGGACUUGGGAAUUAUCAGCUAGGAAGGACAAAAGUGUUCCUCAGAGCUGGUCAAAUUGGCAUUUUGGACUCCAGGCGGGCUGAAGUUCUUGAUGCUUCUGCGCGACUCAUUCAGCGAAGACUGAGAACAUUUGUUACGCAUCAGGGCUUCAUCUCUGUGCGGGCUUCCGCAAUUUCUAUCCAAGCAUACUGUAGAGGAUGCCUGUCUCGGAACGUUUAUGCCACUAGAAGGAAGGCCGCAGCAGCGGUCUUGGUACAAAAGCAUGCGCGCAGGUGGCUGUCAAGAUGUGCGUUUGUGAAACUUGUAUCAGCUGCCUUGGUAAUACAGUCUUGCAUCCGUGCUGACUCAGCUCGCUUAGAUUUUUCUCAUCGGAGGGAGCAUAGAGCUGCUUCUCUCAUUCAGGCUCGUUGGAGAAUGCAUAAGUUUCGCUCAGCAUUCAGGCACCGUCAAUCCUCUAUUAUUGCUAUUCAGUGUUGUUGGCGACGGAAGCUUGCAAAGAGAGAGUUUAGAAAACUUAAACAGGCUGCUAAUGAAACAGGUGCUCUGCGUUUAGCUAAAACUAAUCUUGAGAAGCGGUUAGAGGAUCUUGAAUGGCGGUUGCAGCUUGAGAAACGAUUGCGGACAAGCGGUGAGGAGGCCAAGUCAGGUGAAAUAUCCAAGCUUCAGAAAGCAUUGGAAUCCUUCAGCCUCAAACUAGAUGCAUCUAGACUGGCUACCAUUAAUGAGUGCAACAAGAAUGCAGUACUUCAAAAGCAACUAGACAUAUCCAUGAAGGAGAAGUCUGCUGUUGAAAGAGAACUUAAUGGAGUGGUUGAACUUAAAAAGGAUAACAUCUCAUUGAAGAACUCGAUGAACUCCUUGGAAAAGAAGAAUCUGGCUCUGGAGAAGGAGCUUCUCAGUGCUAAAACCGAUUGUAAUAACACACUACAGAAGUUGAAGGAAGCUGAAAAAAGAUGUUCUGAACUCCAGACGAGUGUUCAAAGUCUUGAGGAGAAACUCACUCACGUGGAGAACGAGAACCGUGUCUUGAGGCAAAAGACGUUAAGUACACCCCAAGAGAGAAUAGGACAUAUAAUUGUUGAAAGACACUCUAGUGCUGUUGUACCAGCCCAGAAUGACAGGAGAUCUGUAUUUGAGAGUCCCACACCUUCAAAGCUUAUCAUGCCAUUUUCACAUAGCCUGUCAGAGUCACGUCGAUCCAAAUUCACUGCAGAAAGAAACUUGGAGAACUACGAAUUUCUCUCCAGAUGUAUCAAGGAAAAUUUGGGAUUCAAUGAUGAUAAGCCACUGGCUGCUUGUGCAAUAUACAAAUGUCUUCUGCACUGGCACGCCUUUGAAUCUGAGAGCACAACUAUAUUUAACAUCAUUAUCGAUGGAAUCAAUGAAGCCCUUAAGGGUGCAGAUGAGAACGGUGUAUUACCAUAUUGGCUCGCAAACGCUUCAGCACUUCUAUGCCUCUUGCAGAGAAAUCUGCGGUCUAAUAGUUUUCUAAAUGCUAGUGCUCAGCGUUCUGGGAGAGCUGCAUAUGGAGUAAAGUCUCCUUUUAAACUUCAGGGACCUGACGAUGGGGGUGCACAUAUAGAAGCAAGAUAUCCAGCUAUAUUGUUUAAACAACAGCUGACAUCAUGCGUGGAGAAAAUUUAUGGUCUAAUUCGUGAUAAUUUGAAAAAAGAAUUAUCACCGCUUCUGGGAUUAUGCAUUCAGGCACCCAAAGCUGCACGAAGUGUCGCUGGAAAAGCCUCUAGAUCACCAGGUAGUCUGCCGCAGCAAUCACCGAGCAGUCAAUGGGAAAGUAUACUCAAAUUCUUGGAUUCUCUUAUGUCCCGCCUACGCGAAAAUCAUGUACCCUCGUUCUUCAUUCGCAAACUUGUAACUCAAGUUUUCUCAUUCAUCAACCUAUCACUUUUCAACAGUCUUCUCCUUCGACGUGAAUGUUGCACAUUUUCAAAUGGGGAGUAUGUGAAAUCUGGGAUUGCAGAAUUGGAGAAGUGGAUCGCCAGUGCAAAGGAGGAGUUUUCAGGAACAUCGUGGCACGAGUUGAAUUACAUUAGACAAGCUGUUGGAUUCUUGGUUAUACACCAGAAAAGAAAGAAAUCACUGGAUGAAAUCAGGCAGGAUCUAUGCCCGGCACUGACAAUAAGGCAAAUAUAUCGAAUAAGUACGAUGUACUGGGACGAUAAAUAUGGAACUCAAAGCGUUUCGAAUGAGGUGGUUUCUCAAAUGAGAAUACUUGUUGACAAGGAUAGCCAAAAACUAACAUCGAAUUCCUUCUUGCUGGAUGAUGAUAUGAGCAUUCCUUUCUCUGCGGAAGAUAUAGAUAAGGCCAUUCCAGUUUUAGACCCGUCAGAAGUAGAGCCACCAAAAUUCGUAUCGGAAUAUACUUGUGCGCAGUCCCUUGUGAAGAAACUCUCCACAGCUUCAGCCUCAAAGCAGAUCAUUUGA